AAGUCACAACAAACACCACCAUCCCUUUGCUCAGAGCAUCACACUCCCUCUCUCUCGCGCGCGCUCACAAGCACGUCGUCAACCAUGGUUGUCGAGAUGAAGGAGAACGGCGGAGCGGCGUUGGCGGCGGGCGAGAAGGCGCCGCAGCUGGGCGUGAAGCGCGGCGAGCCGACGCUGGUGCCGCCGGCGGAGGCGACGCCGACGGGCGGGCAGUACUACCUGUCCAACCUGGACCAGAACAUCGCGGUGAUCGUGCAGACGGUGUACUGCUACAAGCCUUCCUCGCCCGGCGGCGGCGAAGGCAAGGAGGACGUGGACGUGGCAGGCGCGCUCCGCGACGCGCUGGCGCGCGUGCUGGUGCACUACCACCCGCUGGCGGGGCGGCUGGGCGUCAGCCCGGAGAUGAAGCUCACCGUGGAGCUGACCGGCGAGGGCGCCGUGUUCGUGGAGGCCGACGCCGCCUGCGACCUCGACGCCGUCGGCGACCUCACCAAGCCCGACCCCGCCGCGCUCGGCCAGCUCGUCUACUCCGUCCCCGGCGCUAAGCACAUCCUCGAGAUGCCCCCCAUGACCGCGCAGGUGACGAGGUUCAAGUGUGGGGGCUUCGCGCUCGGCCUGGCCAUGAACCACUGCAUGUUCGACGGCAUCGGCGCCAUGGAGUUCGUCAACUCGUGGGCGGAGACGGCGCGCGGCGUCGCCGAGCUCACCGUGCCGCCGUUCCUGGACCGAAGCGUCCUGAAGGCGCGCGACCCGCCCGUGCCCACCUUCCCCCACCACGAGUUCGCCGAGAUCCCCGACGUCUCCGACACGGCGGCGCUCUACGGCGCGCAGGAGCUGCUGUACCGCUCCUUCUGCUUCGACCCGGACCGGCUGGAGCGCGUGCGCGGGCUUGCGCUCGCCGACGGCGCCCUGGGCCGCUGCACCACCUUCGAGGCGCUGUCGGGGCUGGUGUGGCGCGCGCGCACCAGGGCGCUGGGGCUGGCGCCCGAGCAGCGCACCAAGCUGCUGUUCGCCGUGGACGGGCGGCGCCGGUUCGCGCCGCCGCUCCCGCGGGGCUACUUCGGCAACGGCAUCGUGCUCACCAACGCCCUUGCCACGGCCGGCGAGCUGCUGUCCGCGCCCGUGUCGCGCGCGGCGGGGCUGGUGCAGGACGCCGUGCGGAUGGUCACCGACGACUACAUGCGCUCGGCGGUGGACUACUUCGAGGCGACGCGGGCCCGGCCGUCGCUCGCGUCCACGCUGCUCAUCACCACCUGGUCGCGCCUCGAGUUCCACGGCGCCGACUUCGGGUGGGGCGAGCCCGUCAUGUCGGGCCCGGUCACGCUGCCGGAGAAGGAAGUCAUCCUGUUCCUGGCGCACGGGAAGGAGAGGAAGAGCAUCAACGUGCUGCUCGGCCUGCCAGCCACCGCGAUGGACGCCUUCCAAGAGCUCAUGGACGAGAUAUGAUUCAUUCGUCGGUGAUGACGGACAUGGAUGGGUUGCUGCUAUACAUACAUUUACGAUGCAGGGUGCUUAUACAUUCUUCAAUUGCUCGGUGUUAUAGUACGACCGUGUUAAUACUCGAUCUAUGUUGAUGUUGUUAAGUUUAGUGGCCAUAUGAGAAUUUGCUGUCGAUUGCAAUUGUUCUAAUAUUAAUGGAAAAUAGUAAACUUUAUUUCCUUUCA